CUUUGUUGUGAGCCCAGGACAGCAGAGUUUGCUGCUCCCCACCAGCCUUGCAGAUUUUGGGCUGAUUACUAGGAAAGCGUCAGAAAGAGAAACUCAGUUCAAACUUCACCUCUUCCCAAAUUAAGAAGGAGGGGGACGUUUACUCGUCCUCCGCUGCACUCCAAGGGCUCCCCUAUGAAGGCAACUUGCUGGAUCCUGGCAGGUUUUUACCUGCUUUUCUGCUGCAAGGCAGAAGAGGGACUGAACUUCCCCACUUAUGAUGGGAAAGACCGAGUGAUCGACCUGAAUGAGAAGAACUACAAGCAGGCCCUGAAGAAGUACGACAUGCUCUGCCUGCUCUUCCACGAGCCUGUGAGCUCUGACAAGGUCUCCCAGAAGCAGUUCCAGAUGACAGAGAUGGUCCUGGAGCUGGCGGCUCAGGUCCUGGAGCCCAGGAGCAUCGGCUUCGGGAUGGUGGACUCCAAAAAGGAUGCCAAACUGGCUAAAAAGCUAGGCUUGGUUGAAGAGGGAAGUCUCUAUGUCUUUAAGGAAGAGCGCUUGAUUGAAUUUGAUGGGGAACUGGCCACGGAUGUCUUGGUGGAAUUCCUCUUGGAUCUGCUAGAAGACCCUGUGGAGAUCAUAAACAACAAGCUGGAGCUUCAGGCCUUUGACCAAAUCGAUGACGAAAUCAAACUCAUUGGCUACUUCAAAGGAGAAGAUUCUGAACAUUACAAGGCAUUUGAAGAAGCUGCUGAACACUUCCAGCCAUACAUCAAGUUCUUUGCCACCUUCGACAAAGGGGUUGCCAAGAAGCUAGGCUUGAAGAUGAAUGAAGUGGACUUCUAUGAACCAUUUAUGGAAGAGCCUGUUCACAUCCCCGAUAAGCCUUACACAGAAGAGGAGCUGGUUGAAUUUGUGAAGGAGCACAAAAGGGCCACCUUGAGGAAACUCCGCCCAGAGGACAUGUUUGAGACGUGGGAGGAUGACAUGGAAGGAAUCCACAUUGUGGCCUUUGCUGAAGAAGACGACCCAGAUGGUUUUGAGUUCCUGGAAAUCCUGAAGCAGGUUGCCAGGGACAACACGGAUAAUCCCGACCUGAGCAUUGUCUGGAUUGACCCGGAUGACUUUCCUCUGCUGAUCACUUACUGGGAGAAGACUUUCAAGAUUGAUCUGUUCAGACCACAGAUCGGGGUGGUGAACGUCACAGACGCUGACAGCAUCUGGAUGGAGAUCAGAGAUGAUGACGACCUGCCCACAGCCGAGGAGCUGGAGGACUGGAUAGAGGAUGUGCUUUCUGGGAAGAUAAAUACUGAAGAUGAUGACGAUGAUGAUGACGAUGACGACGAUGAUGAUGACGACGAUGAUGAUGAUGAUGACGACGAUGAUGAUGAUGAUGACGACGACGACGACUAACUGUGACUCUGUGCAGUUUGACUUGUGGGGGCUGAGAGGCCUCCCCUCGCAGCAGGUCCCUCCAACAGAAGACCUGUCUUUGAGCGUCAGCAAGCACCGCUGCUCGUCCUUCCCCCCUGCCCUGCUCCCCCUGCCCCUGCCCUUGCCGGGACCCCCCAGCCUGAUUCUCAGUGGUGCUGAGCCACCGGGACUGCCCCUGCAGCCAGCAGCGCCUGCAGGCACCCAGCACCGCUGCAAAUCAUGCAUCCUUAGUCAGGACAAGAGGAACCUACAGGGAAUCUGCCCCCAAAGCCCCAGAGCAGGAGGAAAACACCCGCCUGCUCACUGCCAGAGGGACACAGGGAGCCAAUUUGUAUUUUCUGUGCUCAUGUGCCCAGCCUUUGACAUCCAAAGACCAAAUCUCACUUCAAAACAUAGGGAAGGCCACUGUAAAGUUUAGUCCUUUGAUUAAACACAAUGCCCUUUGCAGCUACUCUGCCAAGACCGCUCACUCCUGCAAGUUCUGCUGCAGGAGUCUGGAGCUGCUCGUUAACAUGCUAGGAACAGCUAAAAGCUUUGGAAGGUUUUAGGGAUGCUAUUUAAGUUUCCAGUGAUUCCAUAUAACAACAGGAUAUUCUUGUCUGGCAGCUCAAUGCAAAGCCAAACGCCACGGUCCCUGUCUGAACCUCUUCUUGAAAGCUCAGGCCAAAGAAAGGGUAAGUGCAGGUGGUCUGAUAUUGG